UUGGUGACUGGCCGCUGUGCUGGAUGACAGCUAUCCGGCGCCGAAACGGUAGACCUCAGACGAAAGAGCCAUGGCGGCCACGGGUGGAGGGAAAAUUAGAAGCAGGAGAUAUCAUAUCGCCUCUAAACCUUACGCCAAGACUAAACAGCAGCAGUCAGGCCUGAUCAGUCGAGUGACAGACACAGUAAAGAGCAUCGUUCCUUCCUGGCUGCAGAAAUACUUUAAGAAUGGAGAUGCUCCUGAAGGAGGAGGGGCCGUACAGGGGACAGACCAGAAUUGCCAGCCGCCGCCACCACCUCCUCCUCCUCCUAAUGGCAGUGAAGAGGGGCCUCCUCCUCUCGAUGGACGCGACUCACCGGAGCCAAGCACCAGUAACACAGAGCCCUCAACCAGCCGGGCAUCCCUGAACUUUCAGGAAUAUGUGUUAUCUCGACCCCCUCUUAGCCGUUCCCACCUCCACUUUUCCCCACUGGAGGUGUCCUCUCCGAUGCUGGGGGCCUCUAGCAGCCUCUUCUCCCAGCCCUCCACUUCUUCAGCCCCUGGACCUUUUUCCACGGGCUUCUCCUUGGUCAAAGAAAUCAAGGACAACCUCUCACAGCACGAAGAUGAUAACAUCUCCACCACUAGCGGCUUCUCCUCCCGCGCCUCUGACAAAGAUGUCCCCACUUCCAAAACAGCAUCACUUCCCCAGCUUUGGUCCCCAGAGAUGGACAGAACAAACUCUGGGACUCAGCAUUCCCAGUCCAGUCUGAAAAAGCCUGCUUUCAACCUGUCUGUCUUUGGAUCGUCCUCCAAUUCAACACUAAACAGCACAGUGUUGAACUCCAGCCAGCUUGGAGAUUCGCCCUUCUACCCUGGGAAGACCACGUAUGGUGGAGCAGCUGCAGUCAGGAGCGCUCGCGCUCGUCCUGGAACACCAUACCAGGCUCCAGUGAGGAGACAGAUCAAGGCCAAGCCUGCUGGAGCUCAGCCCUGUGGGGUAACCAGCGCCACAGCCAGACGCAUCCUGCAGUCUUUGGAGCGCAUGUCAAGCCCUCUGGCUGAUGCCAAGAGAAUCCCAGCAGCAGCCUCAUCUCCCCUGUCAGCAUCAAUGGAUGGCACAAAUCUAGAUGUUUCACAUUUCCAGGCGAAAAAGAAACGGCUGGAUUCCACCCUCCCACCGGUGCAGAAGCUGGUGGUUCCCGCUGUAGUGCCAGUGACAGGAAACCGCUCUGUGUCCUUCAGGCCUACUUUGACCCCUGGAGGAGUGAGCCGACCUCUGGACAGGACCCCAAGAGAGACGCCCACAAGACAAUCACCGCAACUGCCUGAAGAAACCCCGGGUCCAUCUCAAAGCACAAUUGGUUCCACUGGCCCAGUCUAUCCUCUGUCCAGCACGCCUGCAGCCAGCAGCGUGAGCUCCGGAGGGGGCAAGAUGAAGAGAGAGAGGACCAGUACACGGCCCUCCUCCAAACAUCCCGAAGAUGACGAGGUGGCCGAGAUACCGGAACUUCCAACCAUUUCACUUCCCAUCAGCAGCACCGCCUUGCCCACCUUCAGCUUCUCCUCCCCUCUGCCACCUUUGACCACCUCAACCACCGUCAGUACCACCCCCCAAAUCACACCUGUCACUCCCGCUAAGGAAACAUUAACAAAUAAGGACACACCCGCGGCCUCGACACCCCCUUGUGAACCUUUUACAUUUUCCUCCCCUAUUGUCAAAGCAACUGCUGCUAGCCCACCUUCCUUUUCCCCCUCAGCUGGAUUUAUUUUUAGUGCACCUGUAGCAAAGUUAGGUCCCUCCAUGUCAAAUGGGAAUCUAGCCACUCCCAUAGCGGCAGCAGUGAAGCCAGCAACAAGCAAAAGCACAGAAGAAUUUGAAGGACCCUUUAAACCAGCCAAGACCCUGAAGCAGGGCAGCGUGCUGGAUCUUCUCAAAGCACCUGGCUUUGCCUCUCCUGUUGCCCGAACUUCCCCGAGUCCCGACGACGCUCCCCAGCAGACGUCUUCACAAUUUACUGCGCCCUCCACCACCUCUACAACCACCUCCUCCCUCUCCUCUUCAACAGGCUUUGGUGAUUUGUUUAAGGCGCCAGCAGGCUGGAGCUGUGAUGUCUGUUUGGUGCAGAACAAGUCAUCAGACACAAAGUGUGUUUGCUGUAUGAACCCCCAGCCUAGUUCCUCCUCAUCCAAAUCCAGGGACAGUAAACCCACCGCCACCUCAGUUGGGCAGGAGAGCAGCAGCACGAACAGCACGUCCACCACAGGUUUUGGCACAAUGUUCUCCAAACCUGCAGGAACCUGGGACUGUGAUACAUGUCUCGUACUAAACAAACCUGAUGCAGUAAAGUGUGUGGCCUGCGAAACGGCCAAGCCUGGGACAGGGCUUAAGCCCUCACUGACUCUUCCUUCUGCCUUCUCAGCUGUUAAGACUGUAUCCAACCCCACAGCCCCCGUCACUACAGGGUUUAUUGGAUUUGGAGACAAGUUCAAAAAACCCGAAGGUGCAUGGGAAUGUGAUACAUGUAUGGUACAGAACAAGGCAGAGGAUACAAAGUGUGUGGCCUGCACGAGCGCUAAACCAGGAGCAUCAGCAGAACCUUCAGAUGGAGCCACUUCUUCAGACAGCAGUGCUCCAGUGUUUGGGUUGGGUGACAAAUUCAAGAAGGAAGAGGGUUCCUGGGAUUGUGACGUCUGUCUUCUACAGAAUAAGGCUGCUGAUGUACAGUGUGUUGCCUGUCAGGCAGCCAAACCUGGAGCUAAAGUGGAGCCCAAAGGUUUUGGUUCAUCAGCUGUUGGGACAUCAGGCUCCUCUACCUUUGGCUCUUCUACUUCUACUUCUGGAGGUUUUAAGUUUGGCACAUCAGACAGUACCUCAGCAUCUGGAUCUGGGGGUUUCAAGUUUGGGGGCUCAUUUCCAGAGUCGUCCUCUUCUUCUUCUUCAUCAGGUGGAUUCAAGUUUGGAGCUGCAUUUGGAAGCUCCUCAUCAGAAACCACUUCCAAAGACACUACUGCCUCAUCAGGGUUCAAAUUCGGCAGCUCAUCUGAGGGCUUUAAAUUUGGGGCUGCCUCUAGUGAUGACAAAAAGUCAGACCAACCUGCCACUGGUUCUGGAUUUAAGUUUGGAGCCAGCGGCGGGAUAAAGUUUGGAACUGGAUCAUCUAGCACAGAAAGUAAUUCCUCUAAGGGCGGCUUCACCUUUGGGCUGUCAAAACCCGAAGAGAAAACGUCAGACACCACCACUACCACCUCAGCCCCUGUUACUUUCACUCCCCCUGCUUCCUCUCAAGACAAGAGUGACAGUGUGGCAUCAAAUGACACCACAUCAACAAACACCAACACAACCACCACCACAACUACCACUGCUGGGUCUGUUUUUGGGAGACUGGGCGAGCCAAGUUUGGCCACUACUACACCACAAGGGGGCUCUACUUUUGGAUCUUUAUCUACAGAAAAAGAGCCAGCUGCUCCCACGUUUAACUUUGGAAAGCAGGAGGAAAAGAAGGAAGCGGCUGCCCCCUCGGCUCCGUCUAACUUCCUCUUCGGUGCUGCUAGUAAAGAUGCUGAUGCUGCACUGGCACCUGCCACUUCAGGAGGCUUUUCCUUCAGCAAGCCGAGCGCUCCAGCAGAGCAGCCUCCACCAGCGUUCAGUUUUGGAAAGCCAGCAGACAAGAGUGAAACAUCUACUUCAGAGGCCCCUAAGCCCUCCUUCACUUUUGGACAAUCUGCAACAGAUUCUGCUCCGGCUCCAAAACAAGCCUUUUCCUUUAUGGCUGGUAAUCCCACCAACACCACCCCUUCGUUAUCCUCCGCCCCGGCCCCAAGUCUGUUUGGCAACAGCAGCAGCAGCAGCAGCAGCUCCACCCAGGCUCCAGCUUCUUCUGCAGCUCCCAGCACUUUCAUGUUCGGUCAGCCUGCUGCAACCCCCAGCGAUGCUCCUCCAGCUAAAGCCUUUGUCUUUGGCCAGAACCAGGACAGUCAGCCACCUGCCCCAUCUGCUGCCCCUGUGAACUCGGCUCCAUCUCCAGCCCCAGCUCAGCCCUUCAUCUUUGGUGCUCCUGCCAGUGCUGCUCCUGCUGCUGCUCCCUCCUUUGGCUUUGGAGCAGCAGCGCCCUCUGCUGCCUCUUCUGCAGCUCCGUCUGCAGCUCCUUCCCCAUUUGUAUUCAGCUCAGCCCCUUCUGGUGGCUUCGGGGCCAACCAGACUCCCUCCUUUGGUACACCCUUUGGAUCCCCUUUCACAGCUGCACCCUCCCCGGCCCCAGCCUUCGGGGCCAAGCCCAACGCCGCCCCUGUCUUUGGGCAGCAGGCCAACUCUACACCUGUAUUUGGGGCAGCUGCUAACUCUGCACCAGGUGGAGGCUUUCAGUUUGUGGGAGCCAGCGGAUUUGGACCCUCGAACAACAGCUCGGGAGUGUUUACUUUCGGGGCAGGAUCAGCAGCAUCUCCUGCCCCCCCUGCUAACCCCUCCAUUGCCCCCCAGGCAGGAGCACCUGGAGGUGCAUUCAACUUCUCACAAACCCCCACGUUCAAUAUUGGGUCAACUAAAUCCUUCACAGCCUCUCCUGCUGGACAGCAAACGAUUGCCGGACGCAAGAUCAAGACAGCAGUGCGACGCAGAAAGUAGAGCCCUGUGGACUCGACAAGGAAGUAGACUUGACUUGGACUCGACCAUAUCCCCACUGAAGGCUGAAAUAAAGUCCUGGAAGGUCUCAACUUGACAAACACUGAAAUGACUUUUGCAUGUGGAAAAAAGGGCCGAGGCUUCGGGGACGGCUUUGCACUCGGGCUGGACGGGUGGGCGGGUUUCAACUUGUAGGCUGGGCUGAUGUUUUCAGAGGCUUUCACAUGUAGACCAGAGACGUCGACGUGAGACCAUUUACGCAGGAACUUCACAUGAAAAAAAAAACUUGACUGAACAAUGACGCUGACUUAGAAAACAACAAUCAAGCAAAGACCCCUGCUCGACAUGAAAAACAAGCAAGACAGUCAUAUCUAUAUUUUCAACACCGGCAAAUGUCUGC